AUGGCACCCUCUCUCCCCUUCCAACUCAAGGACCCGGACCUGCUGCGCCAGGACUCGUACGUGCACGGCGAAUGGGUUCAGGCAAAGAGCGGCAAGCGCUUCGACAUCGUCGACCCGGGCUCGGACAAGACCUUCGCCUCGUGCCCAGACAAUGCCGUCGAGGACGUCGACGCCGCCAUCCAGUCGUCGUACAAGGCCUUCCAGGAAUACCGCAUCCUGAACCCGCGUAAACGGUCCCAGCUGCUGAUGAAAUGGCACGAGCUCAUCACGGCCGCCAAGGACGACCUGGCCCAGAUCCUCACCUACGAGACGGGCAAGCCGCUGGCCGAGGCCGUCGGCGAGCUCGACUACUCGCUGGGCUUCACCUGGUGGUUCGCCGGCGAGGCGGAGCGCAUCCAGGGCUCCGUCUUCACCCCGUCGGCCCCGAACCGACGGACGUUUGUCGUCAAGCAGCCCAUCGGCGUCGCCGUCGCCCUGGUGCCCUGGAACUUCCCCAUCGCCAUGAUCCUGCGCAAGGCCGGCGCGGCGUUCGCAGCCGGCUGCACCAUGGUCGUCAAGCCCAGCCCGGAGACGCCGCUGACGUGCUUGAGCCUGGCGUACCUGGCCACCAAGGCGGGCUUCGCUCCGGGCGUCUUCAACGUCCUGACCACCAGCCUCGAGAACACGCCGUCGCUCAGCGAGGCCAUGUGCCUGCACCCGCUGGUCAAGAAGGUCACGUUCACGGGGUCGACGCGCGUGGGCAAGAUCGUGGCCGGGCUGUGCGCCAAGAACCUCAAGAAGUGCACGCUCGAGCUGGGGGGCAACUGCCCCUUCAUCGUCUUCGACGACGCCGACCUCGAGCAGGCGCUGGCGCAGUUCAUGGCCCUGAAGUGGCGGCACGCGGGCCAGGCCUGCAUCUCGGCCAACCGGCUGUACGUGCAGGCGGGCGUGUACGAGAAGUUCACGCAGAUGCUGGUGGACAAGACCAAGUCGCUCAAGGUCGGCCACGGCGCCGAGAAGGGCACCACCAUGGGCCCCGUGACGACGCCGCGCGGGCUGGCCAAGGCCGAGGAGCAGGCCGCCGACGCCGUCAAGCACGGCGCCCGGCUGUUGCUGGGCUCCGGCAAGGCGCACAAGGGCUCGACCGCGGACGAAGGCGCCGGCGCCGGCAAGGGCGUGGGCGGCUACUUCAUGGACCCGACCAUCCUGGCCGACAUGAACGAGCAGAUGCUGCUGGCCAAGGAGGAGACCUUCGCCCCCGUCACGGGCAUCUUCAAGUUCGAGAAGGAGGAGGAGGCCGUCCGGUGGGCCAACGACACCUCCAUGGGCCUGGCCAGCUACGCCUUCACCAAGAACGUGGACCGCCUGUGGCGGAUGCUGGAGAACCUCGAGGCCGGCAUGAUUGGACUGAACACCGGCAACUCGUCCGCCGCGGAGUCGCCCUUCGGCGGCAUCAAGGAGAGCGGCUACGGCAAGGAGUCUGGCAAGGACGUCGCCGUCAACGAGUACCUGAUCUCCAAGACCGGCACCUUCACCAUCGACGGACAGUAUUAG